CUUCAGAGAAGUAAAAGUCGUAAGCGAUGUCGGAUUCGGAAAUAUAUGAUGUUACCUGGGAACUUGACGGGCUGGCUUGCCAAUUUAUGGAUGCACUGCGGGCGGGGGCCACAGUGCGGCCAGCAGCUAAUGAUCUUAUGAUCGAUGAACUGACUGGGAGGAACGAAUUGAUAGAUGAGCUGGAAUCGAGCCUUCUACCUGCAAUCAAAGACCACAUCAAUUCUCUCUUGCUCGCACUCGACCUGCAAAACUCGGGCGAGCAACCAAACCCAGACCUCGAUUUGAUUUUAGAAAUCGUACCCAAAUUCCAUGAGACCCUCACGAAAACGACAAGUUCCGUCGAGUCCGUUUCGGCCCCGUUCGAAGGAGUCUGCACCAAUGAGCGCAAUUUAGGACGAUGUAAAGACUUCAGAUCUCGUCUAUUGCGCUCGGCAGUCGCAUGUAUCAUAACAAUGGAUCUCUGUCCACUAUUUUCGAGCUGUAUUGACGUGAUCGAAACCUGCCAGCUCUCACGCAAGCAUCCGAAAAACUUGGAGCAUCGAGCGAAGAGGUCCGAAUGGAUAAAAGAAACACGAGAGAUGGCAAAUGAUACGAUUAGUUACCUUGAUAGCAUAAUCGAAACCUCCAAAAAAACUGACUUGGCGAUCCUACAAGACAAAUUUUGGUCCGAACGAUGGGUCAAUAUUGCACUGAAAGAGCUAGCAGAACUCGUCGAUCCCAACCGGAUCGAUUUGAAGCACGAAGGGGUUUCGAUUGAUGAGCUAAAGAUCAUAAGCACUCGGAGAGAACACAUUCUUGAAGUUGCUAGAUUGGCUAUACCGAUCGUCAAAUUGACAAGAGUCUUCCUAGUCAAGAUAAGGAAUUCGGCUCCCGAAAAACCAUCGUUUAUUCUAGAUCCAGAGAUCGAUUCGAACUCACUGCAGCUGUUAAGUGAAGCUCCAAACACAAUUUCUGGGCGUCUUGCAAACCUUGCGAGCUUCUUGACGUCACUUUACAAGGAAGAUUGGGGGUAUGAUCUCAAUCGAAAUCUGUUCUCAAAUUCACUCCGCGAACUGCCCUUACUUCUCGAUUCUAUCUUGGUACUUCUGUGCCGUUAUCUCAUCCCUGUGCCGGCUGCAGUUGAUCAUCAUUCAUCAUCCCAAAAUGAUUUCAAGGUCUGGUUUCUUGAUUUACAAUCUUUAUACCUUAAAACGACUGAGCGUCUACUGAACGCCUUGCAAUGCUCUUGUCAUCCUUAUGGCGAAUAG